AUGCAUAGAAAUCCUGCAUACAUGUACAAUUUUGCUUCAUUGUACAGUCAAAACAGUAAAUUCAGUGAUUCAACUCGACGUGGAACACCCGGGGGCGACAAGUCUAAUACAAUAAUAAUGCAAAGGAAUGAAGUUAAGCGUAAUUCACCUCCAAUGGGCAAAAAUCAAAAUUCCAAGCCUGGUGACGAUGAAGAUGAUGAUGAUGAGAACAGUUCAACAAGCCGUUAUAGUACAGCAGAUUCAUCUCCAGUUGAAGAAACUGAACCUGAUAUCAAUAAAAAGCUUGAAGUAAAAGACGAGGUCAUGGAUAUUCAAACUAGUAAUAAUAAUUAUGACAAACAAAAGAAGGAAAUUGAAAAAUCACCACAAAAUUUAAAAGUAGAUCAAAAUCUUACAAGACCAACAAUGAAUCGUCAAAGUGUAACUCUUGAAUUUCGAACUAUUGUUCAACGAGAUGAAUAUGGUUAUGGAUUUAGAGUUUGUGGGAAUAAACCAGUAUCAGUUCAUAAUGUUCGUAAAGAUGGAAAUGCUGAAAAAGCUGGCCUCAAAGCUGGAGAUCAGAUCAUAGAGGUAAACGGUGUUAUGGCUGUCGAUCUGAACCAUGAGGAAGUGGUUGAUCUGAUUCGUUCGAAAAGCAAGGUCUGUUUAAGACUUAGACGACUACGUUAUCAAGUAGUUGAUACCCUGACCGGAUAUCGAAUUGGUUCAAUGAGAAACUUAACUGGCAAUGAAGCUCCAAUUCUCCGAUCACAGCAACGUUAUCAUUACCAGAAACGUAGAUCAGUUCGUGAGUCAGUAACCACUGGUAGUACAGCGUCAGCUGUAGUUAAACGAAGACCACGUCUAGGAACGCAAACAUUUAAAAUGGCACGAAGUUGUUCACCGCCUCCUUCAGCAUCAGGAGAUUUAUUAAACGAUUCAGUCGGUCCACAUACAGAUGAAGAUAUUGACUGGAGUAGAGAAGAUGAGACGAACUUGGAACCCAACCCCGCCUCAUCCCCCCAAGGAUCUCAUCCAAAUGCAGCCAAUUUACCUCCCACAUCUAGAAUGGUUCGUCCACGAUCCAGUAUUGGUCCCAAUGAUCGAACCAAUAAAGAAAGACCUGUUAGUUCAGGACCUGAUAUGUUUGGUCUUUUCAAACGGAGUUCAGUAAAGGAUGUCAGUCAUCCAGAACGUGUAAAGGAAGAAGAAAGUCCUCUGGAUGAAUUACCUCCGAAUAACAGUAGCAACAAUAACAACAGCAACAACAACAACAAUGGUAGCACUAGUAGUAGUUCCAAGUCGUCAUCUCGAAUGUCUUUCUCAGGCCAACCGAAAUUCGAUAAUGCAUCAGAUAAAAAAGCCACUGGUAGCAAUCUUAAGGAUACAUUAAAUCAAUCCACGUUUUCCAGUAGCCUACCGCCUUCCGGUCAUGUAAUGGGUCGAAAUUUUGAUGAUGAAGGUGACAGUGAUCUUAGUAAUGCAAAUGAUCUUGCUCAUCUAUCAUCGGAAUUCGAUAGUGCUACAUCGGUAUUGAGUAGUCCGGCGAAAUGUGGGAUGUUUAUUGACUACUUGUUUUCUCACAAACGGGAUCCUUCAUGGGUGCUAUUCUAUCUUGUCAAUCAAUAUUUUCAACGAUCUAUGGCUGCAUCUAAAGAGUUGUACAAAGAUGAGAAACGUGUAUGCCUUGAGAUAUUUACAACAUUUCUACACGAAAAAUCUCCUUUACGUUUAGACAUAAGAACUCCAAUUUCACUAAAGUCAUUUGACUUUCAUGAAUGCUCAAAGUUGUUCAACACUAUUAGUCAGACAUGCUUGAAUCAAAUACAGACACAAGUUUCCAAAUUGGCCGAAGCCAUUAAUCUUGGUAUGGAUACUUGGUGUCUUUCAGAGCCAAUCGAUUUUCUUCUUUUUCAUAAUAAAGAAGAAGAAAUAGCCUGUUUUGAAUCCCGUCUAAGUGGUUACCUUGAAUCCCUGUAUCAAUUAGCAAUAGGUAAUUGUACAGAAAACUCGAUAGCUUAUAGCAUUUGUCGAUUGCCGACUACAACAUCGUCAUCAACAUCCUCAUCGUCAUUAUCAGUUACAAGUGAACAAAUUGCUCAAGCUAUAACCAGUUGUCUGGUUACAGCUCAUAAGUUUUAUUCCAUGCCUCGUUUAACAAGUGCAGAUUAUCCUGAAACUAGGGAUACUGGGCAUUCCAUUAGACAUAGUAUUUUUGCAAGGUCUUUUGAAAAUUUAACUUCAUCUGCAUUGGGUAAUGCAGUCGGCCUAGGUAACGUGUCUGGUAGUAUUGGGACUGGUCUUUCAUCUGCUGGUUCAAAUUUAUGGACAAAGUUAACCCCCUAUUGUGCUAAAGCGAAACAGAAAUCACAUUCUUUAUUAAAUCGUAAAACAAAAUGGUCUCACAAAGGUCAUUCCUUUUAUGAAUAUUCCUAUGAACGUAUUGCAGAAUGUGGUGUAUGUGGAUUUCUAUUAUGGGGUGUUAAUUUACAAGGUUUCAAUUGUAAUAACUGUGAUCUAUUUGUUCACUUAAAGUGUAAAAAUGGUAUUCGAGACCAAUGUAGUAGAGAAGGUCGUAGAACCGGUGGAGUAUCUGUUAACGUUUUAAAUGGUAUACUCGGCAGUAUACCAAAUUUAACUGUGGAUACAAACACUUCGGGGAACAAUAUAAACCAGACAAAUGAAGCGUAUAACAAAUUAUCACUGCCUAUCGCUCAUAUUGGUCAAAAUGAUGUCAUCUAUCAUAGUUUCACAACUCACCGCCGUUGUGGUUCUGAUAGUCGUCCUAAGAAAAAGAAGGCUAAUACAAUGAGAGAUUUUAAUUUAUUGCCUUCAUUUCUUCAUCGAAACUAUGCUACUAGCGCAGAUCAUCCACAUGAAGUGAUUUCAACUAUGGACGAUACAGCGAAUUCAUCAGCUCAUGAUUCUUCUAAUUCAGGUUUAAUGGAGACUUCAUCAGUAGUCAACAACACUUGUUGUCCUGGCAAUGCAUCUGUCGGUUAUACAUCUCCAGGAUUAUCUCAAAGAGAUCCAUUUUCAUCAACACUUAUAUCGUCUACACCGACAUCACUAGGUGGUGGUGGUAAUAGUGCUGUUCAAAGUCCUUCAGAGUCAAGUGGACAAACUAGUGGUCAAUUUGAUAAACAAAGAUUAAGUGGAGAAGAAUCUGGUUUAUCAGCGAAUGAUCCACGUCAUGUGAAACAAAUGAAAAGUCUUUAUGAAGGUAAUGAAGGCAAUGUGCAAGAAACAACGCCGAAUCCUCGAAGUGACAGUGUUGCAUCGAAUGCACCAUCAUCUACUGUACCUUUAUCCAGUACACUUUCAUUUGAUCGUCCAACUGAUAUGCCACCUCCACCAGCAGCAGCACCACCACCGCCAACAUCACUACCAUGCACUAGUCCUACAUCAAAUGUCAAUGAAACUGUCCGUGAAUUGGUCAGUACAGAUUGGAGUGAUGAUCCAGAAAUGAUUGCUGGGGCAAGUUUUGAAGCAGCUGUCGAGUUACGUGCUCAAUUCCCUAACUUCCAAAUGCCUAGUAAAGGUCAAAAAAGUGAAGAAUACAUUCGUACAUUAGUUCUUUUAGAAUUUCAUCAAAAAACUCAAUAUAUGGUACGUCAUUUAAAACAAUAUGAAUACCUACUACUUCGUCGUUGGCCUGUUGAACAUGCAAAAGUAGCGAAAAUUUUAUGCCUUGAUCAAAUUCCAAUUCUAAUAAAUCUUUUCCGUAGUCUGGUCACAUGUAUUGAUCAGACAAAAACAGAUCAAGGUUAUUGUGGUAUGGCUGAAGCUGUUCACGCUUGGUUAACUGAUAAUUCAUCAGCUAAUUUAAAAACAUGGGCUCGUCAUUGUCAAGCUCUUUCAUGUUCAAACAUGUUAGAUACUGUUCGACACGCUGUUCGAGAUUAUGUUCGUCGACAUCCUGAUAUUGUGCCUUUAUUACAAACUCGACAUAAUAAAUUUGUUCUUAUUGAAGGUUUAAAACAAAUGCGAAUUCUUUAUUUCAAUUUACCAUUGAUUGCAAACAAUAUUGCAAAGGAUUUAGAAAAGAAAACUAAAAUGUAUAAAGCUGAAGCUAAAAUAUGGCAACAAAUUCAAUUGAAACUUGCCAGCUUACCACAAACAAUUGACAAUGUUUGCAUGCCCCUUGUAAAGCGGAUUAAUCAGGGUCAAUUAUGCACUAGUUUGGACAAGAAAGAUAUUCUAUCCAAACCGCUGCCUGACCUACUUCUACCAUUUCAGAAUUUGCUUUUAAAUUUCCCUCGAGUUUUAUUCCAUCAUUGGGUGGUAGCACAUGCUGAAGUAACCGUGGACAAAUUAACUGCUAAUCGAUCGAAUAAAGUCAACCAUGAUUAUAUUUGCGAAAGAACAGAUAUGCUGGCCAUUCUUCUGCAUGAUGCAUUAAUUCUACUGGUAAAAGAUAGUGAACGUUAUAUUUUACGAGGUUUCAAAGCUGUACGAGAGCAAGGCGGUGGUGGUGGUAGUAGUAGCGGCAGUAGCAGCAGCAGCAACAGCAACAAUAAUUCUGGAGCUGGUGGUAGUGGAAGCGGUACAGAGCGUGCUUCAAGUUUUGGAACAUCUGGUUCACUUGCUGAAAAAGAUAGACUGAGUCUAGGUAAUGUCUCCGGUCAUUCUUCUGUCUCUUCAACUAGUUCACUCAGUUCUGCUAUACCCAGUGGUGCAAAUGUGCAAUCACACACUAGCCUUGUAUCGGCUGCCGCGAAUGCUGCAGUUACAAGUAUGACUGAUCGAUCUUCUGCGUCUGGAAGUUCAAAACUUGUACCUAUUUUCCCGCUGAUAGAUGUGUUUACUUCAUGUGGUGAAAAAUUCGGUGGUGAUCAUUUGUUGAAUAUUGUUUUCAUGAAACAGACAGUUCUUAUCCGGUUAUUGUUUUCCAAAGAGGAUGAACGACAGAAAUGGGCAGCUCACAUCCAAGAAAAUAGUGUUACUACCCAGAGUAUCGAUAGACAACGUGUACUGAAGCCUACUACACCAUCCGCAACAUCAACACCAAGUCAACAAUCUAUUGACUUACCAUCUGAAUCUCUAAUCCCUAAGAGUUCAGAUAUUACACCUGUUGUCAAUGAAGCUACUGUCGUGACUCCUCAACCAUCAACAGAAGAUUUAAAGACUUCAUUCAAUAUGCUGUCUACUGCAGAACCUACUACUUCUGCAGAAUUACUUGCUAAUGAAGAUAAAACUAUUAUACAAAUUAAUGGUGGUAACAGUGAUGGAAUUUGUUCACCAGAAGAAUCAACUGUAUUUGUGGAUAAAUUACAAACUGCUAUGAAUGGACUGUUGGAUCAAACACAACGUGUUAUCUGUGAAAAGUACAAUAUAUCUAAUGAAGAAUUACUCACUGUUAUGAAAGAGACUGAUGGCAAUGUUGAAGAUAUUUCAAAUCCAGGGAAAAUUUUAUUAUUCCAAAUAAAAUAUUUUGCUAAAUGUUUCACUUUAAUUACUCGAACUCUUGCACCACAAGCUUCAUCAUCUCUUCUGAAUCAAAUAAAAAAUCAAAUUGAAUCGGUUAAUAAUGAAGAUUAUCAACAAUUUGAAGCAUUAAUACGACAAAAGAAACGACAAAGUUCAUUAUCCUGGACAGAAGGUUAUCUAGACUCACUUACUCGUAGUCCAAUAUUAUGUAGUGAGAAUAAUAAUACAGUUACUACUGUGUUAACUUCCUCUUCAUCAACAUCAGCAUCCUCAUCAGCAUCAGCAUCAAAAGUUCCUCAGGCGUAUACUACAGAUUCACAAACAGAUAAUACUAUCAUCAAAGUGACGCCUUCUACGCAUUCUUCACCGAAUCUUUUUACUUCUGAUAAUGAACGCAGUCGUAUUGAAGUUCAAGAUAGACGAAAAUCCAAGCGGCGAUCAAUUAAAUCAGAAACAAGUCCUGUAUUAACUUCAAAUUUCACUUUCUUAGAUCAUUUAUUGGAUAAAGAAUUAGUUACUAUGGCGCCAUUGUUUGCUAAAUCUGUCAUGUGCUUGUGCAAGUUAACUCAUCAAGACUUUUCGUAUAGCAGCAGUUGUUUAAAACAAUCUGUAAGUCAAAAGACGAUUUUAUCUAGAUCAUCUGUACAAAUUGACUCUGAAAUGCAUUGGACUAAAAGUAAUACUAGUAGUAGUGGUACUGGUGGGACUACUGAAGACGGUGAAGAUGAAGAAGUGAAAACACUGGCUAAUUCUAUCAUCGAUCUGUCUGGAUCACGACCGUGUGAUACAAUGAAUAAUUAUACAUUACCGUCAAUUGAACAUUCGGAUACAAUCAAUACAGACUUUGAGUUUCCAACCAAUGAAAUACUAGGAAGCUCAGAGAAUGAUCUACAUGAAGUUGCUAGACAAAUUGUAUCUGAUGCAUUGGAGAAUGCUAAGAAUUUUAUUUCAAAUAUAAAACCUGACGGAGAUGAAGAAAAGACAUUGAAUGUUGUUCGUGACAGCGGAUGUGCACCGUCUGCUACAGACGAAGAGGAAGAGGAAGAAGAAGAAGAAGAAGAGGAUUAUGAUGAUAACUAUCAUAGAAAUCAUCAUGAAAUUGUUGAAGAAACUUCUGGAAGUCACACAGUUGACAAUGAUGAGAUUUCAACACCCGUGUAUUUCUCUAGUUCUGAAGUUAUGACGCCUAAAUCUCUAAGUAUUCCUCCACAUGUCUUAGACGAUGAUCCAUUGGAUCAAACUAUUAUAUCAGAUAAUGCGCCUUCCUUGAAUGAUGAUUUAUUCAUUACCAACAGUGCAAUAGAAGAUGCAAUACAACAUCAGACAGUUGGAUCAUCAUCACCACCUCCUGAUUCUGUUGCAUCUGGAACGACAAAUAUCGGUAGAAAUGACUCUCAGAAAUCGACUACUUCAAGUGGUUAUGUAGAUUCUGGUGAUGAUUAACAACAACAACAAUAACAACAAAAAUAUUAUGUACACAAAUCUGUUGAUUGAUUUUUUUUCUCAUUUUUGAUAUAUUUUAGUUUCCUAAAUAAUAAUGAGCUGAAUUCUGCAUAUAUUACAGACAGCUGAUUUAUUUCUUAUGCCUCUUUCAUCUAUGUGUAGGGAUCUUGUUUGCAUAAAGGUAAUCGAAGUUUAUAAACCCCGAUUGUUUCCACUUUCUUAUAUCCUUCCCUUUUUUCCCUCUUAUACUGUAUAGUUCUUCCUGCUUUAUUUUGUUUGUUUGUUUUUUGGUUGGUUUGUUUAAUUUCUUUUUUUCUUGAUGAAUAUGCAUUUUAUUCGUAGUAUUAUUUUCUUUAAUUCUUUCUUUGUUUCUCAAGACUUAUUUUACAGCAUAGUAAUACACAUCAAUGCCUAACUCUAUUGUGUGUAUAUCAAGUGCACUUGUUAAAUGACUUUACUUCUUUGGCCUUUAAACAAGUGCAUUAUAAAUAUAUACAUAUAUAUAUUUGUGUAUCUUAACACUUAAGGUAUGUGUUGUUUGUGGAAGUUUAUUUUCGUUUAAGAAGUUUUUACUCAAUAUCAACAAUAAAAAAAUAAAGCAUUGAUAAUAACAACAAUAAUAUUGCAGUUUACAUAUACAUUUAUAUAUUUUUUUCUCAAUAUCGUUGUAAUUUGCUUUUGCUUUAUUGUUUUUUGGUUUCUAAUUAUUUUCUAAUUAAGGUUUACACACUGAUUAUGUCUUCCUUAAGAUGAGUUUGAUUUCUUCCAUAUGAUGAUUAGAGUGUAUUAUAUAUAUAUAUAUACAUGUAUGAUAAUACUGUUUCUGUACGCCUGUCACCUAGUUACACAACUUGAACCAGUUUGAAUUUAAACUGACUGACUGAUUGUCUGUCUGCCCGCCUGCCUGCCUGUUUAAUAUAGGCGUACAUAUAGAUGUGUUUACAAUAUCUCCAGUGAUCUUGAUUUGCGUAAAAAUACACCUUUUUGUUGUUUAUUUUCUGAUUGAAUUGAACAUGUACACAUGUGGAUCGUGUGUCUGUUGUGUUUUUUUUUGAAUAACUUUGUGUGAGUGUGUAAAUACACUAAACCAUGCUGCCGAAAAAUAAACUUG